AUGCCUCAGCAAUAUGGUCCACAAGGUAUGGGUAACGGCGGUAUGUCUCCCAUGAACUACUCUGGUCAGAUGCUUAGGCAAGGUCAAAAUGGUAAUGGUGUUGAGCAGCCUCAGAACAACCAAAACAGAAACACCAAUGCUUUGCAAGACUACCAGAUGCAGCUCAUGCUCUUGGAAAAGCAAAAUAAGAAACGCCUCGAUAUUGCUCGCAACAGCAGUGCUGGCGAUCUCAAUUCCAUGCCUCAAAUGCAGCAGGUACAGCAAGAUGGCGGUAUGAUGCAACAAGGUCUUCAGAAUGCACCUCCCAAGGCCUCCCCAGCACCUUCUCCUGUCCUCAAUAACAAGAAUCUGCCAUCCACGAAGAGCAAGAAGGCUACAACGGCGAAGAAGGCCACCAAGGCUUCUGCUGCAGCUGCCGCAAGCGGCGCUAGCGCUAGAAGCAGCAUGUCUGGAGGUGUCAAGAGAGAGAAUAUUACUCCACUUACACCAGCUGCAGAUUCGGAUUUCACCAACAAAAAGAGAAAGGGUUCGACGAGUGAUUCACCUGCCAAGAAAGCUUCUAGUAAAGCUGGUGUGAAGAAAGAAGAAGAAAAGUCCAAGAAGAAGUCUGAGGAGAAGUCUGACUCGCAACUUAUCGAAGGCAUCGAUCUUGAUAAGAAGCCAGACGGACAAGACGAAGAUAAGUUUCAACCUUCUUCUGCUUACUUCCACGCUUCCUUGGGCGGUAAUGACAAGAUGGUGUCCGUCGACAUUUUAGGCGGCGCUACUAAUGGCGAUAAUAAUUUCUUCAAUUCCGCAGUGACUUCAGGCAUGGAUGAUGUCGACUUCGAGUUCAAUAACUUCUUGGACUCAGCUGACGCUGGCCUCAAUGAUAGCAUUACUGGGUUUAACUGGGGUAAUCCAAUCGAAGGUGGCGAUUGA